AUGCUUUCCUUGAGGAUACACAGUCUUCUCCUCUGGGCCGCCUUUCGAGACGUCCUGGCCCAAGACGAUGAGUUCCAGGGGAAGAUCGACUGCUAUGGCUGGACCGGGCAGGUUUUCUCAAAUAACACGCAGUGCUCCGGCUCUCGCAUCUGCUGCCAGACAGCAGACCUCUGUGAUCCGAAUCGAUUUUGUGUGCAGAAUGGCCAGCACGUCGUUCCUGCCUGUGCCGUCUUCCCGUGGAGUGAAUGCUCAAAUAUCUGUCAAUAUGAACCAGGCACAGGAUUCUUACCUCGUGCGGUCGAAUGCGAUGACGGGAGUUUCUGCUGCGACAACGAUCCUUCCUGCUGCUCAGAAGACCGUGGAAUAGUCCUGAACGGACUCGGAGCGAUCGUUUCCACACAUAGCCCAACCCCAUCCACAACAAGUUCGACGUCUACGACCGCACCCCUAUCGACAACUUCACUCAGUAGUCCUUCUCUGACCCAGACCACUCCAACCAGCACCGCGACCCAGGCUGGAGACAGUUCUGGGUCAGCUCCCACAUCGUCAAGUGGCCUUUCGACUGCGGCCAAGGCUGGCAUCGGAAUCGCCGUCGCCGUCACAGCAAUCCUCAUCAUGACACUAGCAGCGCUCCUGGUCAGAUACCGUCGCCGCCUAGGCAGACAGGCCAACACCUCUCAGCCAUUGAUACCACAGAUCCUUUCAAACAAGUCACAGUCAUACCCUCAAUCUGCGCUUCCUUAUUCUGACCAGCUCUCCCGACCAUCCGAGCUGGAGGGUAUCAAACCAAAGACUGGUUCUGAGGUACACGAACUGCCAGGGCGACAGAUUUUGUGAAGAUAGCACUACAUGAUGUGAAGAGACGCACGUGGAGCAUACUCUGGUGUUGCGAUAUCCUUUUGUCCAUGACUGCCCUCAGAUGAUAUAUCGGCUGCGGAAAAUAAUAUGAUAUUGCUUCAGAAGUCGGAGACCUUAUGGCAGAUAGUCCUGCUUUGGCAAGGCCAAGAUGUCCUCGAGUGUGGCUUAAAUUUGCCCUGCGCCGAGGCCGUGGUUUUCAUUCCGUAUACCGCUUUCGCGGAUCGCCUCGAAUGUCAUCUCAUGCCGCCCGGGCGAGGCACGGGUGAACCCAGGACAACGCAGGUUGAGUAAUGAGGUUGCGAGGUCGAAGGCACCAAUCAAGCUCCAUAGGCUCAGAAGAGGCCCAACAGCAGCUCACGUUCCUGAUGCCUGGCGAGGCAAACCGACGCGCAAACAAUGCUGAACCCAUCAUAUCCGCAAGGUUCGGUUGCCCAGGAUUAAAUCAGGAGAGGGG